AGAACUGAAAGAUAUUAAAGUUGAGGUUAAAGAGGAAGAAGAAGAGAGGUUGGUGAGUGGAGAUCAGCAGUCUAUGGAGGAGGGGGAGAUGAUUAUGAAAAGUAAACCGGAGGAAUCUUCUCUACAUAUCAACACAACUGGAAUCUAUCUAUGGAAGUCUACUGAGGGACGUCUUGUUGUAUCUCAAGGUUAUGUUGCAGAAGAUAAUGGAAUUGUACGAUAUUUUGUAGGAGUAAAUCCCCCUAAUUGUGAGGAACCUCCACAUACAUCCAAUGUUGAUAGUCGGGGUGUCCAUCUAAGACCUCACAGUGUGCCGACAUAUCCAGAUCCAGGAGUGGACCCGUUAUCAUGCUCCAAGUGCGGGAAAUGCUUCAUUCAGAAAUCGGACCUUCUUCAACACCAGAAACUUCACACGGGCGAUCGUCCUUACCCAUGUUCAGAGUGCGGAAAAUGUUUUGCUGAGAAAAAAGUGCUCCGCACGCACAAGAAAAGUCACACAGGGGAGCGUCCUUUUUCAUGCUCAGAGUGCGGAAAAUGUUUCAUUUUGAAAAACACACUGGUUAUACACCAGAGAAUUCACACGGGAGUGCGUCCUUAUUCGUGUCCAGAGUGUGGGAAAACGUUCUUAACCAAAAACAAACUUGUUAGACACCAGAAAAUUCACACGGGUGAGCGUCCUUAUUCGUGUUCAGAGUGCGGGAAAGCUUUCAUUGAGAAAAAUAAACUUGUUACACACCAGAGAAUUCACACGGGGGAGCGCCCUUAUUCAUGUUCGGAGUGCGGAAAAUGUUUUACUAAGAAAAAAGUGCUCCUCAGGCACCAGAGAAUUCAUACAGGGGAGGCCCCUUUUUCAUGUUCUGAGUGCGGAAAAUGUUUUACUGAGAAAACACUGCUCCUCGGGCACCAGAAAAUUCAUACAGGGGAGCGUCCUUUUUCAUGUUCAGAGUGUGGGAAAUGUUAUACUGAGAAAGCAAAACUUCUUGCACAUCAGAGAAUUCACACGAGCGAGCGUCCUCAUUUAUGUUCAGAGUGCGGGAAAUGCUUUACUGAGGAAAAAUUGCUCCUCAGUCACCAGAAAAAUCAUACAGCGGAGCGUCCUUUUUCAUGUUCAGAGUGCGGGAAAUGUUUCAUUCUGAAAAACACACUGGUUAGACACCAGAGAAUUCACAGUGGGGAGCGUCCGUUCUCGUGUUCAUUUUGUGGGAAAUCUUUUGUUCAAAGAGGAGACCUUCUUAAACACCAGAGAAUUCACACGGGGGAGCGUCCUUAUUCGUGUCCAGAGUGCGGGAAAGCUUUCAUUGAGAAAGGAAGACUUGUUAUACACCAGAGAAUUCACAGCGGGGAGCGUCCAUUCUCAUGUUCAGAGUGUGAGAAAUGUUACACUGAGAAAGCAAAACUUCUCGCACAUCAGAGAAUUCACACGGGCGAGAGUCCUCAUUUAUGUUCAGAGUGCGGAAAAUGUUUCAUUCAGAAAUCAGACCUUCUUAAACACCAGAGAAUUCACACUGGCGAGCGCCCUUUCUCUUGUUCAGAGUGCAGGAAGUGCUUUACUGAGAAAGGCACACUUCUUACGCACCAAAGAAUUCACACGGGCGAGCGCCCUUUCUUAUGUUCAGAGUGUGGGAAAUGUUUCACUCGCAAAGAAGGACUGACUACACACCAGAAAAUUCACACCAGGGUGCAUUCUUUUUCAUGUUCAGAGUGCGGAAAAUGUUACACUGAGGAAAGAGAUCUUAUUACACACCGGAGGAGUCAUACCACCGAGGGUCAGAUUUCCUUCUAGUGAGAAAAUCUUAUUCUAACCACAUGAAGAUAUACAGUAUCUCACAAAAGUAAGUACACCCCUCACAU